AUGCUUUCUUUAAAAACGAUCACCGAGAAUUUGCAACUAGUACAAGACAAAUUGGCAACGAGAGGUUUUGAUCGCGAGACUCUUAACCAAAUCGCAACCUUGGCGCGUGAACGUUCGCAAAUUCUGACGGAUCUUCAAAAAAAAGAGGCUGAUCGGAACGUUUUAAGUAAACGUUUUGCUGCGCUGAGCAAAAGCGACCAAAGCGCUAAAGACCAAAUUAUUGAGCAAGUUAGUCAACUUAAAAAGACAAUCGAAACUGCUAAGGAAAAAGUUAACCAAGUUGAGCAAACUUUAAACCAUUUAAUGGCGAGUGUUCCGAAUUUACCCGAGCAAGACGUGCCAGUUGGGCCCGAUCAGAGCAGCAACCAAGUUCUCAAAACUUGGGCACCGAGUAGGUUUGAUUUUUCGCGUUCGGUUGUACCGCACUACGAACUCGGCGUCGAAAAAAAUCUUUUUGACUUUGUUAAUUCGGCUCGAAUGGUCGGAGCCCGCUUUUGAACUUACCUAGAUUGGGGCGCUCGUUUAAUCCGAGCGUGCGGCAAUCUGAUGCUUGACUUUCACUUGUCAAGCGGUUUUCGAGAGUUAAACUUGCCUUUGUUAGUUAACGAAAAAACCAUGUACGGCAGUGGUCAACUACCUAAGUUCGCCGAUGAUCUUUUUAAAAUCGCCGACCGCAGUUGGUACCUUAUCCCGACUAGUGAGGUUAGCCUAAUUGGCUACUACAGUCAACAAAUUUUGGAUUUGUCCGAGCCGAUUAAAUUAACCGCUUACUCGCCUUGCUUUCGGGCUGAAGCCGGCUCAGGUGGCCGCGACACGCGCGGUUUAAUCCGCGGUCACCAGUUCCACAAAGUGGAACUGGUCGCGAUCACUUCCCCGGCCGAUGGACCGGCCGUUUUUCAAAGCGUGGUUGACCAAGUCGCUCGACUUUUGGAGAAAUUAGAACUUCCUUACCGGCAGGUGCUACUUUCGACUGGCGACCUUGGCUUUGCGGCUAGCAAAACGAUUGACUUUGAAGUUUGGUUGCCUUCCGAAAAAACCUACCGCGAAAUUUCCUCGGUAUCGCUUUGCCGCGAUUUUCAAGCUCGUCGCAGUCUAAUUCGGGGCAAAACCGCCGACGGAGAAAAGUAUUACGCGUGAACGAUCAACGGCUCAGCUUUAGCGCUUGACCGCACUUUGGCAGCUUUAAUCGAAAACCACCAAGUGGACGGAAAAAUUAAACUGCCCUCGGCGUUGCACGCUUACUUUGGUACCAAAGAA